AUGGAGGCUGCCUCCGCUGCUUGCAAUGAAGUGAUGCAAUCGGGUAGUUCAGAGCAGGUGCGAUCGGUGGCGGCAGCGACGGACACGAGAGGGAAGCAUCGGAUUUCGGCUGAAUUGAAGCGGCUUGAGCAAGAAGCUCGGUUCUUGGAGGAAGAGCUGGAACAGCUUGAGAAAAUGGAGGCUGCCUCCGCUGCUUGCAAUGAGUAA